AGUUAACAUUAGAUAAAUUAAAGGUGCAUAUAUCUAUCAUAUUCAAUGUAGUUUCGUCACUAACACAUGAUUGAUAGUAAAGUUAUGAACUGAUGACAUCAUACAUAUGUCUAGUGAUAAAAUUUAGACAUUUUAAGAAAAACAGCCUAAUAUAUAUAUAAAGAUAUUUUUAAGUGAAAAUUUAUCAAAUUACUAUGACUUCGACAUGGGAAGAGUUUUUUGCUAAACAUCCACCACCACAAGAUCUAACUCAAACCGAAAGUCUUUUAAAAAGCUUUACUGACAGACAUUUAAAAGAAAACAAUAAAGUAGUAUUAAUAACGAGUGGCGGUACAAUGAUUCCAUUAGAACAUAACACUGUUAGAUUUGUUGAUAAUUUUAGUGCUGGAUUCAGAGGAUCAGCAUCAGCUGAAUAUUUUUUGGAAAAUGGUUAUGCUGUAAUAUUUAUGUACAGGCUCAAAUCAUUAGAACCAUUUACAAGACAUUUUAUAGGACACAAGAUUUUAGAUAUGCUCAAUAUAACAGAAGACACGGAUAAAUGUAUUGUUACAGUUGCACCUGAACAUACAGAAAAAGUUGCAGUGGUUUUACGAAAAUAUAAAGAAACACUACAACAGAACAAAUUGAUACAAAUUAGUUUUAAUACUUUGACUGAGUAUCUUUGGCUACUUAGAACUGCUUGUCAAGCAUUAUCUUGUUUAAAAGAUAAAGCUCUUUUAUACUUAGCUGCAGCUGUUUCUGAUUUUUAUGUACCAUUUGAUAAAAUGUCAGUACAUAAAAUACCUUCUAAUGGUCCACCAACAAUAUCACUUCAACUAGUACCAAAAAUGUUGAAACCUUUAGUUAAUCUAUGGGUACCACAAGCCUUUGUAAUUUCAUUUAAGUUAGAAACAGAUCAAAAUGUUUUGGUUUCAAAAGCAAGGACUGCUUUGAAUAAGUACAAACACAAUCUUGUAGUUGCUAAUAUGUUACAGACUCGAAAACAACAAGUAAUUAUUGUCAGUAAAGAAAAUGAUUAUGUCUUAUCAUUAACAAAUGAACAAAUGGAGAAAGGUGAAGAAAUUGAAAAAUUCAUAGUUGCUGACAUAAUUCUAAAGCAUAAGAAUUUUUCAAGGGUCAGAUAAUGUAUCCUAUUACUCAAGGUAUAGGUAUAUUUUUAUAACAUGAUUUUUUAAAUAAACAUUACUAUUUUUUUAUUGUAUUAAUAUCGUUAAUAAGAAUAUUAUUAGUAAAUAUUAGUUGUUUAUUGCACAACUAGGGAAAAAUAUAAUUGGAUACAG